UCCACAAUCCGCAAUUAACAAUUGCAAAUUUUGACGCUUAUCUUAUUGAAAAUAUUACUUUCAUAUUUCGUUCUAAUCGCGGGGUAGCAAAAUUAUCAUUGAUUGAUAACAAUACCUACUCUAUAUAAAGGGUAACACCAUUUUGAAUUGGCUAACUUGAGUGGUAAGGUAAAUGAUGCAAAUAAUGAGUUCUUCACGGGCCACGUUGGCAAUAGUGAUCCUGGCAGUGUUUGCGAACGUUAUGGGUCAGCAUGAUCCCCAUUUCUGGGGUGGACACAGUGGCAUAGUGCACCUAUUCGAGUGGAAAUUCUCAGACAUUGCCCAGGAGUGUGAGAGGUACUUGGGACCACGUGGUUAUGGGGGUAUUCAGUUAUCACCAGUCAAUGAAAAUGUCAUUAUUUGGCGGGGAAAUGAUCGCCCAUGGUGGGAAAGAUACCAACCAGUAUCGUUCAAGCUAACAACGCGUUCUGGCAAUGAGCAGGAUUUCCUGGAUAUGUCUCGCCGGUGCAAUGCUGUAGGUGUUCGUUUGUAUGUUGAUAUUAUUAUCAACCAUAUGGCUGCUCAACCAGGAGUUGGUAUUGACGGUUCUAUUUCAAACCCUGGAGAUCGUGAUUUUCCAGCUGUACCAUUCACCGCUCUUGACUUCAACCCUUCCUGCGAAAUAACUGACUGGGGCAAUGCUUGGCAAGUUAGAAAUUGUGAGUUGGUUGGACUUCCAGAUUUAGAUCAAAGCAGAGAAUGGGUACGUGAUAGAUUUGUGGAAUUCUUGGACCAUUUAAUUGAUCUUGGUGUGGCUGGUUUUCGAGUAGACGCAGCGAAGCACAUGUACCCACAUGAUAUGGAGGUGAUAUUCAAUCGACUGAAGAAUCUCAACACAAACUUCGGAUUCGCUUCUGGAUCGCGUGCAUUCAUGAUGCAAGAAGUGAUCGACGGUGGUGCUCAUGAGCCUAUUCGGAAAUAUGAGUACAUCCAUCUUGGAACAGUAACGGAAUUUCAGUAUUCUUUCUACGUUGGACGAGCUUUCACUGGUGGUGACCUUCUCGUGUGGCUGCAGAACUUUGGGGAGGAAUGGGGCCUUCUGUCAUCAAGAGAUGCGCUUGUUUUUGUGGAUAAUCAUGAUAACCAACGUGAUCACGCUCUAACUCACAAGUCACCCAAGGCUUACAAAAUGGCGACUGCCUUUGCUGCUGCUUAUCCAUUCGGACAACUACGUAUCAUGAGUUCGUUCUACUUCGAUGAUAGAGAUCAAGGACCACCACAGGAUGCCAACGGGAAUAUCAUUUCUCCUUCGAUCAAUUCAGACGGAACAUGUGGAAACGGAUGGGUUUGCGAACAUCGUUGGCGCCAAAUAGCCAAUAUGAUCAAUUUCAGAAAUGUGUGUUGGGGAACUUCCGUAACAAAUUGGUGGUCUAACGGCGAAAACAAAAUUGCAUUUGCUCGCGGUAACUGUGGGUUUGUCGCUUUCAACAAUCAACACCAAGCCGAUAUGCUUGAAAUACUGCAAACAGGACUUCCAGCUGGAGUUUAUUGCGACGUCAUUUCCGGUGAAAAAGUGGGCUAUUCCUGUACCGGUAAAUCUGUCACGGUACUUGCUGACGGUCGUGCUUCUAUUCACGUUCCUCAUGAUGCCGAAGAUGGUGUUCUGGCUUUCCAUAUUGAGUCCCGCAUCUGAUACCCAAUGCUUGCUGGAAUGCUGAAUUAUGGUGGCAUGUGGCAACGUACUGUUAUUUGAUUGCAAAGAGUUGAAAAUUUUUAUUUUAAAAUUUAUGAAUAUAAAAAAAAUAUCACCUGUCAUACAACGAAUUAUUUCUUUUAAUUUGAGCACUUGAUUUUAACUUUACAGACACGUUUAUCAAUAUCAUGCCUUCAGUGUGUCGUACUCAACGUGUAGAAAGCAAUCGAAGUCUGCACUAUGCUUUGUAGGCUUAACAUAAAUAUGUAGAGUCCAAAUUGCGAUGUUUUCUUUCAAAGUGAGUCGAGUACGACACACUGAAGGCGGAGUUACAGUUAAGGAAGGCAUAGAAAUACAUAU